UUCUUCUUAAGGCGGGUGAUAAGACCCUUCAAGGUUAUUCGAAAAGAUACUUCUGACCUCCAUGUAGUCAUUUCUGCAAAAAGUGAGGGAAUUUAGUUCACAGGUUGUAGGUCACUACCAAAUCUUUUUGAGUUGUAUGCAUGAGGCGAAUAGGAGCCGAUAAUGAAUAACAUUGUAAAAGUAGGGAAUCAUGGUUAAAUGGCCCGGGUUCUACAUAUAUUAAAGGGAAGCGUCCCAUGUUUGGAAUAGUCUAAUUUAUCGUCCAGGUUUUACCGUGCAGUUAGUGGAAUCAGAUUUCUAGCUUACCAACACCAGUCUUGUUCAGUCAUCCACACCAGCCGUAAUGUCUUUGAGUGAAAUAGUUGAAAAUGUGAAGCAGGCAAGAGAAUUGGCUCUCCUUGGAAAUUACGAAAGUUCACUAACUUAUUAUUCAGUUGGUAUUGCGCAGCUGAAAAAAUUCACUGUAUCCAUUUCGGAAGCAAAUAGAAAACAACAGUGGCAAACUGUACGGCAAGAGCUAGCGGAAGAAUAUGAAUUAGUAAAAGACGUGAAUCAAACUUUAUCUAGUUUUAAAUUAUCUGAUGACGAUUCUGGCUUGAGCGCUUUCGCAAGCCGUUACAAUUCCCGUGCAGCUGUUGAAGAACCAACUAGAGAUCCUGAUGUUUGGCCACCUCCACCACCUUUAGAGCGAAGACAUGGAACCAAUUCUCAAAAUACUUCUGUAUCAAAUGUCCAGGCAAAUCCGCUUUCUGGUCCCUAUUACAAACCACCUGUUGCUCAUGGUCCGGCUUAUUCUCCUCCUUGUGUUAACUCAAAGUCACCUGCCAAUGUCGCAGGGUUAGCUCGACGUCCAGUGAAAUCUAAUCCUACAGUUGCUCGAUCCAAGUCUACGGCUCAAUCUUCCGUGAACAAUCGUCGUCCCAAACCUGGAUCCCAAUCUACUGGAGAUCCCGCAAGUAAUAAUGAAGAAAAGUUUGAUGCGAGCGGGUAUGAUAAGGAUCUUGUAGAAACACUGGAAAGAGAUAUCGUUCAACGCAAUCCGAAUGUUCGAUGGGAUGACAUAGCUGCAUUAGAUGAUGCAAAGCGUUUGCUUCAAGAAGCUGUAGUUCUACCGAUGGUUAUUCCUGGUUUCUUUAAGGGGAUUCGUAGGCCAUGGAAAGGUGUUUUAAUGGUUGGUCCACCGGGAACUGGUAAAACACUGUUGGCUAAAGCUGUAGCUACAGAAUGUGGUACUACAUUCUUUAAUGUUUCCAGUUCUAGUUUGACAAGUAAAUGGAGAGGAGAAUCCGAGAAAUUGGUUAGACUUUUAUUCGACAUGGCGCGUUUCUAUGCUCCAAGUACAAUAUUCAUGGAUGAAAUUGAUUCAAUUUGUUCUCGACGCGGCAGUGAGUCGGAACAUGAAAGUUCUAGACGUGUGAAAUCUGAACUUUUGGUACAAAUGGAUGGUGUAACAGGAGCUACAGGACAAGAUGAAGAUCCUACAAAGUCGGUGAUGGUUCUUGCUGCUACUAAUUUCCCAUGGGAUAUCGAUGAAGCCUUACGAAGACGUCUUGAGAAACGAGUAUAUAUACCACUGCCAAAUGUAACUGCACGUAAAACUCUUCUAGAAAUCAACUUAAAAGAAGUUCCAUUAGCUGAAGAUGUAGAUUUGGACAAGAUAGCUGAACAGUUAGAAGGUUACUCCGGUGCAGAUAUAACCAAUGUGUGCAGGGAUGCUUCAAUGAUGUCUAUGAGACGGGCUAUAGAAGGACUUUCAGUGGAACAAAUUAAAGGUCUUAACACAGCUACACUUAAUCAACCAACACGUAUGACUGAUUUUGAAGAAGCAAUUAGUCGUGUAUGCAGAUCUGUUUCAGCUAGCGAUGUUGAACGGUAUGAAAAAUGGAUGACAGAGUUUGGAGCAACAUGAAUCAUCUAUGGAUAUUUCAUUGACUUGUUCAUGAUUUGCCCUAAAAGUAUUUUUGUUGGUCUUUUCAUAUUAAGAUCUUCUUGUCAGAUCUUCAGAUUGUACGUAUUAUUUAUUGCCUUUCUUAUGUUUAAAAUAACUUUUUGAAUAACUAUCAAACUGAAUAGAGAAAUAUUUAUCUUCAAUAGUUGGGUCUUUCUAGGCAUUUGACCUAAUACUGUUGAUAUCUUUACUUUUGCUUCUACAUGUCUGUAAAACACUUUAUUCCUUAAGGAGGUCGAGAAUAAAUUAUUUCACUGACUAA